UUGAUCCACGCCGUCCUAGAACUCGCCGGUGUGCCUGGCCGCCCUCCACGCCGGCGUCCUGCAGGCUGGGGAAGCCACAGGAGUCUACUUCAAGUCCCUGGAGGUCACCGAGAGUUUCGUGGGCACAGUCCGCAAUCGCGUUGUCUCGCAAUCCAGGAAAGUGGAGCCUGGUCGACCUCAGCGCGCCUUCACUUUCUUGUCCUCCCUCACAUCCUCAGAAGCAAAGCUGGCAGGCCCGGCGGUUUUCACGGUACAAAAAUUCGACGCGGCCUGCAUUACACUUCACAACUGCUCAACUGUAAAUUAUAAGGCUGCAUGCAUGCCGGCCUCAAGUGGACGUUUGCCACAUCCACAUUUCACUCGCUGGGACUACACGCCUGUCACGGCCAGCCCCCCAUCUGUUGUGAUCACGUCUGAGCCCAACUACCUGGAAGCGACCUUCGAUGACGACCCUGACCCUCCGGUGCUGCGGUGCCUCAGCGACGAGCCCGAGCGUGACGUGACUGCCGUCUUCGGCAAGUUUGGAGACUCCUACACACCCACUCCCCUGACGGUGACCAGGAGCGUGGGCGAGGAUUUCAUCUGGGAGAAUAUCCCUGAAGGUGCGAUUGUAAAAAGAGUUCCCGCAGCCGCGGGCGAAGUGACGAAAGUUUUGAGGAACCUGACGGUGCAAGACGCUGGCCUCUACAGUUUUGAAGUCAAAAACGCCAAUGAUGCAGUCAAGUAUUUCGGCAGACUCGUCGUAAGAA